AUGGCCUCCCCUAGCGUUCUCACCUUUGACGCUGAGGGUAGGGCAGUGGACUUUGAGUUCUGGGUAGAUGAUCUGCAGCUUUUCCUACAGUGCGAUAGGGCAGACGGCCUCUCCCUCUUUGACCUCACUUUUGGUGCCUCCCCUGCCCCUGCUGCUGAUGCUGACGCCACUGUUCGUUCACAAUGGGCCACGCGCUAUGCUGCUGCUCGCCUUGCUGUGCGCCGCCACUUAACGACCACUGAGCGUGCACACUUUAGCCACUACAAGAGUGCUCAGACCUUGUACGACGCUGUAGUUGCACGCUACUCUUCCCCUGCCACUGCUGCACUGAGCCGCCUCAUGCUACCGUACCUCUUCCCUGACCUUGCUGCCUUUCCCACAGUGGCUGACCUCAUUACGCACCUCCGCACUAGUGACACUCGCUACCGCGCUGCGCUUCCUGCUGAGUUCUGCGCCAAGAACCUCCCCCUCCCCCCCCCCAUGUACAUCACCCUUUACUACAUAGUCACCCGGCUCCCUGACUCUCUCCGCGUAGUCAGAGACCACUUCCUCCCAGUUUGCCCCACCACUCUCACCAUUGACCUCCUCGAGAAGGCCCUCCUAGCGAUACAGAAGAGCAUUGUCGCUAUAGGAGCCUCUCGUGGUGACCCUCACACCCUCGUCUUUGACGGUCGGUCGGCGCUGCGUCUGCCCCAAGUGGGAGACGCCUCACCUGCAAGGGCAAUGGAGGCAAGGGCGCUGGAGGGGCUGGAGGGGGCGGUGGAGGUGGUAGUGGAGGCAAUGGAGGGAGUGGGGGUGGUGGUGGGAGUGGUGCCGGGGGUGGCGGUGACGGCGGCAGCAGUGGAGGCGGCGGAGGCGGUGGAGGUGGCGGAGGGAGCGGAGGCGGCGGAGGUAGUGGAGGAGGCGGAGGUGGAGGAGGCGGCAGAGGCGGCAGCGGCGGCGGAGGCGGCGGUGCUGGAGCGAGUCGCGACUCUGCGCAGAGGAGUGGCGCCGGUGGUGGUCAGCGCCAGCAGCAGUAGCGGAGUGGUGUGA